CCCACUUUAUAAGUGUUGGUCGACGGCGAUGGGUCGAAGUCCCCGUCUACUCGCGCGUGUUGACCGUCAUAUUACUGUUCAGCAAGUGCGACAUGCCCAAAAAACACGACGACGCAGCACGUUCAGUGCGCCCUGGCUCUGCAGGUUCAGACUCGACAAGCACCCGCGUGCGGGAUGAGAAGGGGUUCGCGGCUUCUGGCCCGCACACUGAGAGUCCCAGCUCCCCGCACAAAUCUGAUCUCCACGGGGGCGAGGGCGAAUCCGCCAUCCCAGAAGAUCGCAAGGAAGACACUAUUGAAAACGAGGAGGACGAUUGGCAGCACGACCCAAGAAAUCCCCGAAACUGGUCCUUCUGGGAGAAAUGGAAAAUGACGAGUAUAGUCUCCUUCUAUACGUUCGUAUCUCCACUGGCAAGUUCUAUGAUGGCGCCAGGUCUUCCCGAAGUUGCAGAACGCUUCAACAUCACGAACCAGGCCAUUGUUGCGAUGACACUCAGUAUAUUCCUGCUGACCUUUGCCGUUGGACCGCUAUUCCUGGCUCCUUUAUCUGAGAUCUACGGGCGCACAUGGAUCUUGCACAUAGCAAACCUGCUGUUUCUAGCCUUUAAUCUCGGUUGUGGAUUUGCGCCAAAUACGGGUGUACUGAUUGGCAUGCGCCUCCUGGCUGGAUUUUUUGGUAGUGCCCCAAUUGCAUGCGGUGGUGGUACUGUCAGCGAUCUCUUUUCAGAAAGGGAUCGUGCGUCUGCCAUGGCAGUGUAUAGCCUCGGCCCCCUCAUUGGUCCCGCCGUCGGCCCCAUCGCAGGCGGCUUCAUCUCUGAGACUAUAGGCUUCAAAUACAUCUUCGUCGUGAUCGCGGCUCUGUGCGGCCUCGCCGCUGCGCUUGGGAUACCGUUCCUCAGGGAGACGUAUUCGCCCGUCAUCCGCCUGCGCCUCGCUAAAAAGGCAGCAGAUCUGGAGAAGGCAGCGAAGCAACAUCCUCACUUAUUACAGAAUCACGGGAGCAAGUGGCACUUGAUCUGGAUGAACUUGCAUCGGCCGUUCAUCUUGCUCACGAGAAGCUUCGUCUGCUUCAUCCUCAGUCUCUACAUGGCCUUCAUGUAUGGUAUCUACUACCUCAUGUUUGCGACCUUCCCUGAUCUCUUUACCAACGUGUAUCACUUCUCCGAAGGCAUCUCCGGAGUGUGUUAUUUGGGUCUUGGGUUGGGCUUUAUGAGCGCAACAAUCUUCGGUGCAAGCUUUGCGGAUAGGGUCUACCUAAACCUCGCUGCGAGGAAUGGAGGCAAAGGCAAGCCAGAGUAUCGGAUCCCUGCUCUGAUCUUCGGGUCGUUGUUCGUGCCGAUAGGCCUAUUCUGGUACGGCUGGUCCGCCCAAGCCGAGAUUCACUGGAUCAUGCCCAUCAUCGGCACCGCCAUCUUCGGCUUCGGGAUGAUGACUACGUUCCUUCCGAUUCAGCUGUACCUCGUCGACACCUUCACUUAUGCUGCUUCGGCGCUCGCGGCCGCCUCCGUCUUCCGAUCGACCCUUGGCUUCGUGUUCCCGCUGUUCGGCGAGCCGAUGUACGCCGCGCUGGGCUACGGCGGCGGCAACUCGCUGCUUGCAGGCCUCGCCAUCGUCCUCGGAAUACCCUUCCCUAUUUGGCUCUGGUUCCACGGCGAGAAGAUCCGUGCGAGGAGCACGCUGAGCCGACGCUGAUAUCCAAAUAUAGGGGCAUUAUCCAUCGCAUAAACGACGUUCACAGAUACCCUCUAACGACCAUUUCAACGCAACUGCAUUACUUGUUUUUGGAUAGAAAGCUUCAAUGGAAACUUUGCACCAUACUCACUUCAGAACUUUUAGUAUUACAGCUUGUCCUUCCACGAUGUAGUCGAUGUUUUAUGACAGAAAUUUUGGUAGCUCUAGCACUUUGAUCUCUGCGUCUGCAGAUGAUCUCGAAACAUCCAUCUUCUGGCGCUUAUAAGGCGCCACAAAGCCCUCGGGGACGGACCUAGCGCCAAUGCUCAACUUGCGGGGCUCUCAAGUGGGGAGAAUCCUUACAAUCGCACUAUACACGAGCAAGCCUAUCAUUGCAAAGUAUAAAUCAUACAGACUUGAUGAAAAUCCGAGUCGACUAACGCAUUUCACCGGCCACUGGUGCUAAAUCUCAUACCAUGGUCACCUCCGAUGCCGCCAGGGCCGACGCUCCCCGCACCCAUCAGCCUCGGGCUCGCGACACUAGAGCCUCCGUCGCCUGCAGCGCUGCGAACUCUACGCUCGACGUCGACCACCUUGGCCUCGACUUCGCGCACGGCACCGUCGAUCCACUGCAAGCUCUCGAGGUGGUUUGCAAGCACUUGGGCUAUCUGCGUAAGAGGGUCAUCGUUGUUCGUCUGUGAAGCGGCAUCGCCAGCAACAGAGGCGGAUAGAUUGUUCGAGGACGUUGGUGAGAGGGCGUUGACAGAUUCGAUCAUCUGGGUCAGUGAGGCGGAAAGGUCGUCCAGGUGGCCGUGAAGCUCGGUCGCAAGCAUAUAGCUGAGACAGAUAUGAGGAUAUGCG